CUCCGAGCUAUGCUCUUGGUAAGACAGAUGUGUUUUUGGUGUGUUUUCAGUGUACCCGUUACCCUUGAAACUAGCAGAGCAAUUCUCGAAUCCUUUACAUUUAAUCUAAUCUAAUGCAUUAGUAACGUUGAACUAAAGCCUUCACAACUUUCUCUGUUUCUUAACGUGCAAAUCUACACGUUAUGGUUCAUUCGAAAACUCAAAAUGAAGGAUGUUUAAAAAACAGAAUGGUUUCUCAAUCACAGGUGUGUAAAUGGACACUUCAAGUUCAUGUCUCAAUUAUGUUCGGCAGUUUUUUUGUAUUUUCAAACGAUGUGACAGGGGCAGCACAUCGGCUUCAGUGUGGACUCAUUACCCCCGAAUCUCAAUGAGAAAGUCAACUCACGGUCAAAGGGAACGUUUCUGUCCCAACUUCCUUUUUUUGUGACGUGAUGAACAGGAAACACACCUAACUAUUUCACAUCGAUGUCAUGAUGUAAAACACACUGACAGAGCACAACUAAGCCUCGAGGUCCCUUUCACAUUUCAGGAUGUUCAACUACAGAAUACCUUCCUUGGAUCAGAUGAAGGUGAUAAGCCUGAUUGAUUUUACCCUCAUAUUGAUCCUGUCGUCUUAUUCAAAAGGUGAAGGCUGGAACAUUGAAGUCAGUAGACAUAUCAAUGCAACCAAGGGUUCAAACAUGACCAUUCAAUGUCGGUUCACCGUUCCAAAAAACGAAUGCACAGAAAGUGUGAAGGUCUUCUGGAAAAGUCCAGAGCAAAGCACAUUUAAUACUUUUGACAAGGACCAAAAUGCUUUUAUUUUUCACCCAAAUGAAACGUUUGUGCUUGAGAAGUACAGAGGAAAGACCCAGCUCGUCGGAAAUAAAAGCGCACGAAACUGCUCCCUCAAGAUCGUCAACAUCAGUGAAAAUAUCCCAAACAUCUACCUGAGAGUUAUUGCAAAGAGGGACAACUACAGUUUUGUAAAAGACUUUGUCUCCAUUUCUGUAUCUGGUGCUAUAGAAACUGGUCGUGGGAGAGGUUUACUCGAUAAAAUACAGCCAACUCCCAUCUCUGAAGCAACAACAACGGGACCAAACAAGAAGACGGAACAACGGAACCUUGUGGCCAUCUCUGUACCAGUUGUUGCAAUUCUGGUUCUUAUUCUUGUUGUUGGAGUCGUCCUUGGCAUGAAACGGAAAAGGUCAGAAUCCUUAAUCAGGAAUGAUUCAGGAUAUUAUUUGAAUUUCAGCCGAGCGAAACAACUGCAAAGGGAAGCAUCGGGCCAAAAACAAGAGAACAGCAAAGUUUCUGAACAGAAAGACAUUGAGGAACCAGUUUACAUCAACUUUGAGGCCUCUCCAGAUCAGAUGGAUCAAAGUGUGGAUCACGUAGAGAGCAUAUAUGCCAAUGUAGAUUCUUCAAAACUGUAGGAUAGUUGCAUCCUGCAAAUCUGUCUCUAAUCUUUUAUCUAAAGUUUUAUGACAUAGAGACUACUUAACAUUCCAACAACUAUCACGAUAAGACAACUAAGUGUGUGUGUCUAAUGUGUGACCGGGAUGAGAGCCCUUGUCUGUUUCCAUCCUAUUGAUUUAUGAGGUCUAAUAUUACUAUAUUUAAGUUUUUUAUUUGUCUUUUGGUCGUUACAGUGAAUAUGUAACCAUAAAUAACAAACAGUGGGUUAGUGCUCAGUACGAGGGCUUAAAAUGUGUCUUAAUACAUUACUACUGAUUUUAAAAAUAUGACUUCCUGUUGCCAGUGUGAUAAGCAGUGGAUGUUCACAAGUAUUUUAUUUGCUAAAUCUUUUGACAGGGUCCUGUUUUCUAUGGAAUGUAUUCAAGUAAGCGACCAGGUUCAACUGUAUAGCUGUACAACUUUGCUCAACACAGGGACAGGUCAGGGACAUGAUACAUCGUUUUUUUCUUGCCAUCUCAAUGUUUCUCAAUUCACAUAUUGGGACAUCUAGGCGCGAGCAACACUUCUGUUAUCUUUUCUUCUUACGUUUCCUGAGAGAUGUUUUUUAGCGAUGAAGCUAUUUUUUGUAAUGUCAUUGAAUGUAUUAGUACAUAGACUGUACCCAAACAAUAAAAGGUUAA